AUGACAGCUCAACUAGAGUGGUCAGCUCAACAUGAUAGGACAGCUCAACUUGAGAGGACAGCUCAACUUGAGAGGACAGCUCAACUAGAGAGGACAGCUCAACUUGAGAGGACAGAUCAACUUUGGAGGACAGCUCAACUUAAGAGGGCAGCUCAACUUGAGAGGGCAGCUCAACUUGAGAGGGCAGCUCAACUUCAGAGGGCAGCUCAACUUGAGAGGGCAGCUCAACUUGAGAGGGCAGCUCAACUUGAGAGGACAGCUCAACUUGAGAGGACAGCUCAACUUGAGAGGACAGCUCAUCUAGAGAGGACAGCUCAUCUAGAGAGGACAGCUCAACAUCAGAGGACAGCUCAACUUGAAGGAGAGAUCAACUUGAGAGGACAUCUCAACUUGAGAGGACAGACAGCUCAACUUAAGAGGGCAGCUCAACUUGAGAGGGCAGCUCAACUUGAGAGGGCAGCUCAACUUCAGAGGGCAGCUCAACUUGAGAGGGCAGCUCAACUUGAGAGGGCAGCUCAACUUGAGAGGACAGCUCAACUUGAGAGGACAGCUCAACUUGAGAGGACAGCUCAACUUGAGAGGACAGCUCAACUUGAGAGGACAGCUCAACUAGAGAUGACAGCUCAACUAGAGAGGACAGCUCAACUUAAGAGGGCAGCUCAACUUGAGAGGGCAGCUCAACUUGAGAGGGCAGCUCAACUUCAGAGGGCAGCUCAACUUGAGAGGGCAGCUCAACUUGAGAGGGCAGCUCAACUUGAGAGGACAGCUCAACUUGAGAGGACAGCUCAACUUGAGAGGACAGCUCAACUUGAGAGGACAGCUCAACUUGAGAGGACAGCUCAACUAGAGAUGACAGCUCAACUAGAGAGAGGACAGCUCAACUUUGGAGGACAGCUCAACUUAAGAGGGCAGCUCAACUUGAGAGGGCAGCUCAACUUGAGAGGGCAGCUCAACUUCAGAGGGCAGCUCAACUUGAGAGGGCAGCUCAACUUGAGAGGGCAGCUCAACUUGAGAGGACAGCUCAACUUGAGAGGACAGCUCAACUUGAGAGGACAGCUCAACUUGAGAGGACAGCUCAACUUGAGAGGACAGCUCAACUAG